AUGUAACGUACAGAAACAUCUCAUGUUCAUUACGGAAUAUACCGGAGGAUUCUAGAAUUUGGAAGAAGAUAGGAGACUGAGAGAGUGCCCGAUCACUCUGGAACUCCAGACGGACGAUAUUUAUUUAUAAACCGAUUCGACUUUCUUAACAUGCCACUAACUGGGUUAACAGAAAGGAGUAUAUAAUGGAUCAACGCGAUGGUUUUAGUCAGAAACCAUCGAAAAUUCGCCCGAUUACCAUCGACGAUCCGCUUCCAGCAAAUUGGGAAAUGUUGACUGAUCCGGGAACAGGUUGGCCGUUCUUCGUUAACCAUGCAGCUCGUGCUACAACUUGGGAGGAUCCAAGAGAUGAAAAGGGUGUGAAUACAACUUCAACUACAAGUUAUGAUAAUGGAAAUCAUUCUCAAGCUGGAUCUGAUGUGCAGCCUUUGAAUGACAGUUCCUUCGGCAAUAUGUAUGUCCAGUCAGUCCCCCACCGUGGCCAUCCAACUCCUACGAGCCAACAGCAGUACUACUGGCAGAAUAGACCCGUUCAUGUAGAGCAUGGAGGAAGUGCAAGCCCCAAGAACCACCAUCGGGAGUUCCCUAUCGUAGACGGCAAGUUUGUCAACCAGAGCAUGGUUAGUCCACAGAGCAGCAGAAGAAUGGGUUCCAUGAUCCAGAGGCCAGUCACUAUGCACAGUCCACGCCAGAGCCGAAGAGGAGGAGCCCCCCUGCAGCCGUCGGGGAGUGUCCUGCAACGGGGUGGAGCUGUCAGGUCCAAUGCAAGACCAAUGUCACCCCAGCAGCCACACCACCAACACCCAAGCAACGGAAGACCCAAUGGAAGUCAAGCAUAUACUGUUCCAAUCCAUGUGCAGCAGCAACAGCGUGAUGGAUCCUCUUCCGGAAGCAGCAGUCCAGAGCCAAGGAGUGGGAUGACCAGUUCCAUGAGGAAUUUCAAUGGUCACCAGACCCCGAUCUCUAUACCCAUUCAGGUGCUACGUGGUGGGGGCAACCAACAGAAUAGUGAUUUUCCUCAUGUGCCGCCUCCUGUUCCUCCUUACCCUCAUGAGAGUCUGAUUGGUCAAAGGGCAUCUCAGGCUAAUCAUCAUGCCCAUUCACAAGCUGGUACCAAACCGCAAGGGACCCCGACCGUUGCAUCGCCUCAGCUACCGAAUGUCAGUGUCUCUGGAGAUCUUCCACAGUUCACCGAAGAAGGGUCAUCAUCAACGUCAUCCAGUCAAGAGCGUCACUCCCAGACCCCAUCAAGGGGAGGGGGGCAGACGAGAACAGCGUUCCGUGGUGCCCCUCGUAAAGCACAUUCGCCACCCAGGACUGCACCGGCAGCGCAGCACAAGACAACAAAGACGGCAACGUCAAAGACCAUUGAUAUCGACCCAAAGCCUGCUACAUCCAGUGAAAAAGAAGAGGCUUCGCUGCAGCAUCCAAAGGAACUAAGGGAAAUAUUUGACAUCAUGACCAUCAUUGCUCAGCUGGGAAAUGAAGUGGAUACCUUUCAAGGAUCAAAGACUGACCAAUCGUAUCUGAAACUUGAAGAACUCCUCACUCGCCAAGUACUCCGUCUUGACAAUAUUGAUGCACAUGGAGAUAGCACUGUACGGAAUGAACGCAAGAAGGCAGUGCAUAAAGCCCAGGGAUAUCUGGACUCCUUAGAAAAGAAAUGCAGUGGCAAUAGCUAGCCUAGCAUCUCUUUCAUCUCUUUAUCAAUUUGAAUGUAAUAUAUUCUCACAUUGUAAAUGUGUAAAUUUUGUUAGUGGCAGUAGUAUUUGAUUCUUCAAAUUUGAAAUGUCCUUCUCAGUUUAUUCAGCCGUUAGACUGUUUUUGAGUGGAUCGGAACUAAGAAUAACAAUUUGAUAUUAAUGCUGAGGUCAUCUUGGUUGUAAAUUAUAUUGUUUACAUUUGGAGAGAAACCUACAAGUGUGCAUGCACAGUCAAUUGAUGCAAUGUGUGCUAUGAUAGAUUGCAUUCAGACUUUACUUUAGCUACAUAUUUAUUUUCGACUGCUUUUGGCUUUGCUCCAUUGUAUUAAUCACAGAAAUUGCACAAGGGUUUUGGUUUGUACGUUGUAGUUGCUCUUUUGAUUACAUGUGAGUACAUACAUGUAGAGGCUAGACUAGUGAAUAUGAUACAGGUUUGCCAAAUCAUGGAUUGCCUUGAAUGUGUUUUGAUUAGAUGUAAUGGAAACAUAGUCACGCCAAAGUUACAUGUAUGACAUUUUUAAAAUCAAAAUAUUGAGACCUUAAAACUGCCAAGGAGAUAUUAUGCUUUCCUUAGAGAGAUAAUGUAUUUAUGACAAUAUAUGAAUCUUUUUAAUUACUUGACAAUCAGUAGAUGCCUAUGAACACAUGGGUGAGGAGGAAUAUAUUAAUCUUGGAAGAAUAAGAAACACAAAUCCUUAUCUAUUCUACAUUUUCAAAGUUUUCAGAUUUUCCAUUGCCAACUUUACACUGCGUGGAUUACAUGCUUUCAUUUGGGUACUUGACUUUGAAGUUCGCACAACUUUUAUUUAGGCAGAAAUGAUGUAUUCAAUCUGUUUGCAGAGAUCCUUUAUAUUUAUCAUAGUAUUAAAGAAAUGUAUUCAUUAUUUAUUCUUUCUCUUCAUGUACAAUUUACAAAUUUAUAAAAGAGAGGUUGUGGUGGCUUUGGGUAAUGGAUCUACAUUUUCAUUUAGACGUAAUAAAAAUUGAAGGACUACAUUCAACUUAUGACCAAGAAAAUAAAGUGAUUCAGGUAAAGAAAAAUCUGUAUUUUUUUAAUGGUUCAGGGCUUAAAAAAUAUAUUUUUAUGUGCCAAAGUUGACCUUAAAUGUCCUACAAUUGCAGAGCUUAAAGUAAUCCAAUGCCAUGGUUAGAGAUGCCAUUUUAAUUGGCCUCAAUGAUCUCACAUUGGCUUUGGAGAUUUGUACUGCCUCUUUUUAUUUGAUUUGAGCUGUAACAUGGAAAUAUGCCCUAAACAAAGGUGGCCUUAAUUGCUUAAAAGAUAUUUUAAAUCAGAAUAUGAAGGCCUGUAAUUAGAAGCAUAAUAUACCAAAACAUGCAAAGCAUGUGUCUUCCAUCUUUCAAAAUUGGAUUUCAUCUUAAGAAGUCGGUCAGAUUUCUGUGCUGCAAGAGUUAGGCCCGUAGGCCUAUUCAUUUCAAACUUUAAAAAUGAUACAGGCCAGUUUGUGUUCAUGUACUUUAGUUAAAUUUGGAUCUUUAAUUUGUAGAUAAUCAAAGUUUUAAGAAGGAAUUAUGUUCUAAGGGUCGUUCUAUAGUACAGUAUGUAGAGGAAGUAAUUUAUAAGAAUGGUUAGCAUAGGAGCUAACAAGGUUAUCAUGUGUUUGUAAAAUAUCCGGAUACCUUUACUGGUCAAGGUGUCACCCAUGUGACCCUAAUCAUGUUUCAAGAGAUUAUACAUCCCCUUUUUAUGGUAGACAUGCUAAUUGCCUAAUUCCCAAUACCCUGUGAUAAACAAAUUCAGAGCUUGUACAUCAUGUCAGUCGUGUCGUAAUUCAGAUGAAGUAACACAACAGACAUCAGUCUUCGGUCCAAACCUUGACGUUUAUAAAAUGUUGUAAUCAUCAUGAAUUUAAAUUGUACUUUAAUUGAUGAGUUCACCGGGCCACCGAAAGUCUGUUACAUGUGUGUUUGUGCAAGAUUUUAUCUCCAUGAAUUUUCAUUGAAUGUGUUGAUUUUCGCUUUGUUGUGGUCAAAGAGAAUUUAUGAAAAAAAACACAAACACCCAUCAUGCAGUAAAGGUGCAUAUCAGGUACUCAUUUUAACAAUCUUAAUUCGUCACAGAAGGAGCUGAUUGAUUUUUGUUAAAUAAUAAACAAAUGUCUGUCAGAAUAAGUUAUUAGCAUGUCUCCUGUUCCAACCUGAUUUUUUUUUAAACAUGAACUGCUAAUUAGUUCCACAUUAUGCACACAUUUAUGGGUAGAUGAGGACUAUGUGAGUGAUCAAGCCUGAAAUCAAAUGAAAUAAGGUUCAACUACAGUAGUAGUUGUAGAUUUAAACUCUAAAGGGAGAAUUGUAAAAGAGGAGUGCAAUGUAAUGCUAUAUCUGUCCAUUUGAUGGGCCUUUGACAGAAUGAUAAUUGAAUUGAGAAUGCAAUCUUAAUUAAGUUAAUUUGUUAUUGACAAUGUAUACAACAUGGUUGUUUGGCAACUAUUGAAAUGAAGAAGACUAGUUUUAUUUAAUAGUUGUAAACAUGUUUAUGUUUGUGUCUUUCUCUUUUGUUUUGUUUCCUGUGUUUGUUCCUAUUCAUAUAACUGAAUGUACAUGUACCUCUUGACAUAAUAGAGCUAUUGGACUAAGUAUUUUUUUGGCAUUAGCUAUUUCAAAUCAAUUGCAGUGGAAGUUUAAUAGCAGAACAUAACAUGCCAGUUCAAAAAUAUCAUUCAAUACAUGCGUGCUGCUUAUGUGCAACAUUAAGGUUUUUUGUUUUUUCACUUUUGCGCAUCAUUCCGGAGAGGUGGACACUUAUAUUAUACAUGUAGUACAGAAAGAAUGGUUAAGGACGCUUUGUAAAAUCAAAGGAGGGGGUUGUGAAAGUGCCGGUUCAUGAGAAAUUUCAAAAUGCUCUUAUUCUUUACAUAUAAAACAAAAUUGUAUCUGAAAGUUGGUAACUAUAGAGUCAAUGACGGGCAUUCAGGCUUUGCAAGAAACUCAAUUUAAAAAAAUUGACCAAAAAUUGGUUUAUGCCGGUUUGUAAAAUCUCUUCUGCAUACUUCGAUGGGAUACAUGUAAAAAGGAAGCAAGUGAAAAAAUGGGAUGUCUUGUAAGAAAUAUGUAAAUGAAAUACCAGUUCUCAAACAAAAUGUUUUUCACCAUUCAUGCUCUUCCUGCCUUAUCUAAUGUCUCUGAAGUAUUUCAAGAAAUUUUCAAAUUCUAUUGUUGUUUUUGGAACCCAUGAUGUAGCUAGCAAUGAGUGUAGUACUAUAACAAUGUUUUCUUUUCAGUUUUUAUUGCAUUUUCACUUAAGAUUUAUCCAACACUUGAUAGAAUUGUAGGCCCCCCCAAAAAAAAAAGAAAUGGCGAAGGAUGCAUCAGUAAAUGCGUUACUUUCAGAUAUCAAUGAAAUGUUUCUUACUUCCUUCUGUAUGAAAGUAAAUGACAGUCAUUGAUCUUCAUGUACAUAUUUGACAUUUAAAAGGCAAGCUAGGCCCCAGCAGCAUAUACAGUCACACUCGGUGUAUUGAGUAUGUGGGUCAUAUGUGGGUGCCUUCACUGCCUAACCAAGGAAAUUCUAUUCAUUAUUCAGGGGCUAUUGUUGUGUGUCAAAACAAGUGAUGCACAAAAGUCAUUGUCAAUCACCAAUAUUCAUCGCUAUUUUUAUCUUUCACUUUCUGCUGUAAAUUGCACCCAAAAAAUUGUACAAGAUUGCAGUCGAGUAUGUGGUUGAUUUGGUUAUUAGAACUAAAUUCCAAUUUCAAGUCUAAGUCUCUUCAUGUAUUCAUUUGGAAUUGAGAUAUACAUGAUAUGUAGAAAAUGAGUCAUCUGUUUUAGACUCCCAGGGUUCUCCCCACCAAAUUAGGGAUUUUUGUAUUCCUACACAAUCUGAAAUGAUUGCAUGUCAAAAUUGGUCUGUUCACAUAACCAGAUAAUCAUACUUUGCUUUCCCUUUUGUGCAUAGUACAGGAAGUGUGAACUGGUCCAAACUUGAAUAAGGGAAUGUAUACAUGCAGUCAGGUCUAUUCACAUGUCCAGUUUCUCAGACUUUGUUUUCCUGAUUAUUCUUAGUAUAGAAAGUGUCAAUCGUUCCAACCAUAUUAUUUAGUAUUGGAAAUCCACGUUUGGAUUGUACACAUACCAAGUUUCUCAGACUUUGUUUUCCUUUAUAUUUGGGGAGAGUAAAAUGGUCCAAAUACUUGAUUAUGUUUCCCUCUUCGAAGUUAGAAUGGGGCUUGUAAUUGUAUUCAAUACUGAAAUUUAUGAUAGACUUAUUUAAUGUGGAAUUCACCAUGUUGCUAAAAAAGGUACCCCUCUCCUAACUUCAGUGUAUAUUAAUCUGUAUGCAGUUGCAUUCAGACGAGUGCUUCAUACAUAUACAAGCAUAUUCCUAGCCCAGAGAGCUCUCUUGGUUUAAUCAUAUUCCCUUCUCAAAAUUGUGUAAAAGCAGAGGGUCUACAUGUAUAAACAAAGCUUAAUUUUAUGUAAACAUCUGAUCAUUUAUGUACAUUACAUGCGUUCUUGCAGGUCACGUCACAUAAAAUAAAAAAGACUUGCAAACUUGAAUGUGCAAAUGAUGGGCUACCCAAAAGUACAUCCUCUCCUGUGGCACUUGUAUCUAUUUAUUUCUCUAUGGAAAAAUUGUGCCAAUUGUAUAAAAAGGUUUAUAAGAAGAUGUAUAAAAAAAAAUAUUAUGUGUGUAUAGUGGCACAACCAAAACUUGAUUGUAUAGUGUGAAUAUUUAUUUUGUGGGAUAGAGACUAUAUAAUAAGUGUACUUCAAGUAAAGUUGAUAUUAAAUGAAAUGAAAUCUA